GUCUGGGGUCCGCGACGCUUUUGAGAAGCUGAGCGCUGGGGUCCCGCUGACUGACCGGCACGUUCCCGAGCGCCAUGGCCUCCGGCGGGGUGGCCGCCGGGCGACAGGCCGAGGAUGCGUUACCGCCGCCGGCCGAGCCGCCGCUGCCUGAGACGAAGCCGCUGCCGCCUUCGCAGCCGCCGCCUCCGGUCGCCGCGCCUCAGCCGCAGCAGUCGCCGGCGCCGAGGCCUCAGUCCCCCGCCGGCGUGAAGGAGGAGGAAAAUUACUCCUUUUUACCUUUGGUUCACAACAUCAUCAAAUGCAUGGACAAGGACAGCCCAGACAUCCACCAGGACCUGAAUGCCCUCAAAACCAAGUUCCAGGAGCUGCGGAAGGUCGUCAGCACCAUGCCGGGCACCCACCUGAGCCCUGAGCAGCAGGAGCGACAGCUGCACAGCCUCCGGGAGCAAGUCAGGACCAAGAACGAGCUUCUGCAAAAGUACAAGAGCCUCUGCAUGUUUGAGAUCCCCAAGGAGUAGUGGAGGCCGGCUUCCAGGGAUGCCCGAGACCGAACGGGGAGCGCACACGGCCUCCCGGACUCCCCCCGCCCCGCCACCGCCUCGGACUCCAGCUGCGAACUCUGUAACUGAGGGGGGGGCGCUGCUGAAGCUGCUUCAGUGGCCGAACUUGGCAUUGACUGUGUGGGGAGCCAGCGCGGAGGCUUGGCUUGGUUGGGGCCUCCUUGUAGAGGAUGUAACCAUACGUCUAGGUGCAGAGUAACCGCGGUGCCUGCCGGUGGGAGGAAGAAUGUUCCUGGAGGCUGGGGAGCGGGCAGGCGAGGCUGCCCCUGCUUCUGGGGAGGGGGCCAUCUGCUGUGUAUUCAGGCUCCUUGGGCAGAGCACCGGAGGAGAGGGGGCGGCUGCUCUUGGCUUUCCUGCCCUCCGCCUCUCCGUCCGCUCCCACCCCUGCGCAUGCUCAGUGCUACCAGGUACACACUCUUCUGUUGACAGCAGUGUCAUGAAACAUUUGCAUAGAAUUCACUGGACCAACCGGGGCUGCACUCCUGUGGCGUGGAUUUCAAAUGGUAAAAGAAAACCGGGAGGACCCAUAUCGUUUUGAAAGCCGAAUAUUGUUUUGAAAGACGGCAGGGUGGCUUCCUCCCGGCCCGCCCCCCGCCCCCCGCAAUACUUUGUUUCGUUUUUAUGUUUGAGCCAGUGAAUGUAACCGUGGCUUUGGGGGUGUCAACCCAGAACCCUGCAGGCGGCCCCUGUCUCCAUGUUUUCUGCCUCCUACGUGUGCUUGUUACUUCUACUUCUCGCUCCCUUUGCCUCCUGCCUCCUCCCGUCCGCUCGGCCAGCCAGCCGUCUGGUGCUGGAGGAUGACCAGAGCCCUCGCACCCUGCACCCUUCCCACGGGGCUCGGGGCUGGAGGGCAACAUUGUCUCCACGUGUUGUCCUGCUUUAAAAAAUGAGUUUUCCCCCUGGCCUUCUCACUAAAGAGCCAGCCACGGAACACUCGCUGCACAGCAGACGGAGGUGAGCUCUUUCCCUCGCCUCUUCACGAGGAGCUGACAAGUAACCACGUGUUGUUUAGAUCUAGAAAUGGGCACAUAACCUGUGCUGACCAAGUCAGCGGCUUAACAGAUGCCCGCCGAUUGACCUCGUUGGCAGCAAGACUGGCCGAAGGUGUUUUUCGCGGGGGUUCCAUGUGUGCUGACCUGCAGUCAGAAGAGGACUGGCGCAGGGGCGCCUGGGUGGCUCAGUUGGUUAAGCGACUGCCUUCGGCUCAGGUCAUGAUCCUGGAGU